AUGAACAAUACAACGACCAGUGCUGGUUUUGUCGACGUGUGCCAUUCUCUUGACUCACCAGCAUCGAAGAUGUGCCAAAUCUUUGGCUAUUUUUUUGUGUUUGUGGCAGCUUUGAGUGGGAAUCUUCUCAUCGUUGCAAAGUUCUACAGGAACAAGACACGUACGUUGGUAGAUGCGCUGAUUACCAAUAUGGCUGUCUCUGAUGUCCUGGUAGCUAUCCUGGUCGUUUCAAAGGCCCUUCAUGACAGAAUUACCAACACGUACUCGUGGUCAAUUCCAGGCARAGCGGGUGAUAUCAUGUGUAAAGUUCUGAUGUAUUUUGGUGAUGUGGUAUCUCUAGUAUCCAUUACAUCACUGUGUAUUAUAACCAUCGAGAGGUUUAUCAUGGUUGUGAUUGUAGAAAGAAAACAUCCUUUCCAAAAUCAACGCGAGACGAGAGGAAAGUGGGUCAAUCCACUACUGAUAGCWCUAAGUUGGCUGAUUCCAAUGGUUUACGAUUUUCACUUUUUCUUCACUUUCGGCCUUGUGUACAGACCUGGAUAUAACGCAUCUUUCUGUGGCGGUCCAUUUUUUGAAAGUCGCCAGUCGUACUAUAUCUUCAACGCAACAACUUGCUUUGUUAUCAUCAUCCUUCCAUUCGUGAUCCUAUCAGCCCUGAAUGCAGCCAUAGUCAUCAAGCUACGCCAACUGUUCAAGUCACUGGGUGCUACUGGUAACAAAGAUGAAGCUAAUGGSAACCUCAAAAACCUUAAAAAACAUCGACAUAUCAAGAACAUGAUGAUCGCCAUCGUYACUGCGUUUGGUGUUUGCUGGGGACCGUACUUCAUGAUUAUCAUCCUCUUCACGUUCCUCUGGAAACUCCGUACACCUUUGACGUGCUCUUUCUUUACCUUCACUUUCUUCGCGAUUUACAUGACCCGCGCACACGCUGCCAUAAACCCGUGGAUCUAUCUUUAUUUCAAGAAAGAGAAAAGAGUUCGUUUUUUGACAACACUGAUUCCGUCUCCUUUACGUGCAAGGCAGAGAGUAUCACCAGAGAACACUCACAACAAAGACUCAUGUUAG